AGCGAUGACUGGCAGGCACCACGGGCGCUGCUGUCGGGGCCAGACGAGGCUCGAGUGUCGGUUCGUGUUUGCACCUGUGCGGCGCUGUUGAGCUGAAUCGAUCGAGCAGGGCGAGCUCGUCGUGCUUGUGACUGACUGACUCGAUAGUCACUCUUUUCAUGAACGGGGUGGACACGGAACCUCUUCUCGAUUUCGUACAGCGUUCUCUUGGGCUCUGUUGCGCGAGUCGUGGAAAUUCAUCCAGUCUUGGCAUGAAUCGAUCCUCCUUUCACACGAGGAAAUUUUAGAUCUGGGGAGAGAGAAGAAGAGAAUUCGGGAUUUGCCUCGGUCUGAAACCGGGACGAGGAGCUCGGAGGUCCAGACAGAUCAGAUGGAGGUGCAGAGCAGAUGCCAGCAGCAGUUGCGUGGACGAUCUGACCAAUUUUGGGUAAGUAUGCGCAAAUUGUGUCCCACGUACCCUCGGGCCCUCGGGCACAGCAAAACCCCCACGAACAUGCACUGAUUGUGACCGGAAUUGCUGGACACUGUUGAAGUACAUGCACGACGGAGGGUGUUCGGGCACCGAAGGCCGCUGGGAAACGAAAGCUUCCAGCACCAUCCGUUCGGAGCUUUUUAUCCUCGCUCCACCUUCCCCUCGAAGCUGACCUGUCCGAGGCGUUUUGCGAUCGUCAACCACAGGAACCCGACGAGACGAAGAUUUCGAUCAAUUCGGACGUAAACCGCCAUGCCACCUGUACGGGUCGCUGCUUUUGGAGAAUUCGAGGAAAGCCCGAAAGAAAAGCGAGCUAAACAUCGGCGAGGUGCUUAGGCUCCUGAGUCUUAGGGACUAGUAGAUCGGCGGAGGCACACUUAUCAGAGGUACACGUGAAGCAAGGAUAGAUCGUUGGCGGAAGAGAAGGCAAGGCAGGGCAGGGAAAGGCAAGGUAAGUAGCCCGAAGACGAGCCAUGUCACGACGGCGAUUGCAGUGGGGCCCGAUCGGGAGCUCUGUUUAUGCCAUUCGGUGAGACUUGAGAAGCUACUGACUGACGGACCGUAGACGUAGACAUGGCACACGAGAUGAAUCAUCUCAUACUUCGAGCCUAGGGGAGGUGGGCGGGAGGCAGGAGAGAGGGAAGGCGGGAGGCAGGGAGGAAAGACCCGAGCCUUCGCUCGUCCAGACCCGGAGGGGCAGGGCUCAGCUUGCUUGGUCGUAGCGCAGGCGAGGUACAUAUAUGAGGCGCGGAUGGAGAAUCACUGUACGAAGGUCCAGUAGCUCAUUCGGUGGCUGCCAGAGAGACGCUCACCGUCUGCUAGUUUUUCGUUAGAUUUCUGUCCGGGACAAAUCCGCAACGGUCCGGAUCUCUGCUCUUUUCGUCAGACUCCUGCGCUGCCGAGGAGGUAGCUUCUGAGCGCAGGCGACGACUUUUGGAUCAGGCGACUUUGUCGGGUCUAGAUUUCAGAAGGAGCGCGGAAUCGUUUGUGGUGCUCGUUGCAGGAUUCGAUUUGAGCUCAAAUCCCAGCGCGCGACGCCACAGGGAAUUUAGAAAUCAUGAAAAUAGCUCUACUGCUCGGGGUCCUGGCUACUCUAGUUUGCGAGCAUGGAGCUCUCGCGCAGACUGGUACUCUCAUAGAGGCAGGGAUGGAUGAAAAGUUCACGGUGGAGUGUUACGCUUUUGACAACGGUUCCACGGUGCAGAAGAAUUAUGGGCUGUGGGCGAUGCAGCUGCAUCAGCUGCAGUCUCUCCAAUUGGCGGCUGUGGAUGCGAACACCUCGAAUAUCGACUGUCAUUUCGUUUGGCAAGUCGGGGACUCCACCAUGCAUCAGUAUUUCGCAGUCUAUCUCAUGUCCGGCCUGGUGUUUCCUUGCGGGGAUCUUUGCCGCUGGACAGUUUACGCAGAUGGAUUUUACCUCUUCAAUCCAGCUAUCAACGCCGAUACUCUUCAAUAUCAAUGGCUAACGGGAAACGACAAUUGGAUCCGUCCAGUUAGCUGAUUAUUCAAUUCAAGACGAGUCCACUUGUAUGAGAAUAAACGGACCAAUGCGUCAAGCACAAGUGGAGAUUAAGAUUGCUUCAUCUCGCGGAACAGUAUUCUGCAAUCAUGCUGAGGUGGUUCGACGAAGGUGUCCAGGACUUCACAAUUUUUCAGAUCGAAAAUUUUGCACCCGUGUAUAUAUAUUUUGUUAGAUUCCUCACCAGGAAUACUCUAGUUGCAAUCAAUUUGAGAUCUAUCCGGGUUCUCCCGAUGCUUUUCAAAUUCAUAAUUCUAUUAGGGUCUGCACAUUUUGUCGAUCUUAUCACGACUCACUCCUUACGGAAUCAUGUGGGCCAAAGCAAUGUACACUGCAUUUUAUACAUCUAUAGCCGAUGGCUUGUAGUCGUUUGCUCAAAGUACGAUCUCAUUAUCAAUUUCGAAUUCCUGAUUUCAAAUGUUCGAUUCGUAUAGAAUAAAUCCCAAUGUCGG